AAUCAAAUAAUUCAGGAAUACUGGCAACGCUGUCUUGUUUCAUGCCCGUAGAGACAACCGACACUCAUCCCAUUUUCAGUAUUUUGCUACCCACAGUAUUUAUUGUACCGUCCCUGUAUUCAUAAUAUGCUACUCGACGCAGGUAUAAAACCACCCUCGACGGUCGAAAUGUCAUCAUUACAGUUUCAGCAUCGAACUGUUCGUGUCGUUCGCAGUAUGUCUGGACGUGGAAAAGGAGGCAAACUCAAGGGAAAGGCAAAGUCCCGUUCGAGCCGCGCUGGAUUGCAGUUUCCAGUCGGUCGUAUUCACCGUCUACUCCGAAAGGGCAACUAUGCCGAGCGUGUUGGAGCCGGUGCUCCCGUCUACCUGGCUGCCGUGAUGGAGUAUCUGGCCGCUGAAGUUCUCGAGUUGGCAGGAAAUGCCGCUCGUGACAACAAGAAAACCCGUAUUAUCCCACGUCACCUGCAGUUGGCCAUCCGCAACGACGAAGAACUGAACAAACUUCUUUCCGGAGUGACCAUCGCUCAGGGUGGUGUCCUGCCAAACAUCCAGGCCGUCCUGUUGCCCAAGAAGACCGAAAAGAAGGCCUAAAUUCGAUCGAAGUUCCCACCCUUUAACAAAAUCCGUCCUUUUCAGGACGACCAAUUUGAUGGUAAAGAGUU